AUGUCACUUUCAGCGAAUGUCGCCGCCGAUAGUCUUCCGUUCUUGCAGUAUGCACCGCUUAACUGCGAGAGAUCAAUCCGCAUUGUCAUUUUGAGUCCAUCAAUCGAGUUGGACGAUCCAAUUCAAUGCGCUUUGAGAGAGGUACGACUAGGAAGCUCAUCGCAGGAGACAACACCAUACGAAGCGCUCUCGUACGUCUGGGGCGGGAGACGUGGCGAGCACCCGAUACGGUGCAACGGUUGCCGUGUUGACGUCACGAAGAACUGUUUAGAGGCUUUGCGUCAUUUGCGGUAUUCCGAUCGAGAACGUUUGCUCUGGAUUGAUGCAAUCUGUAUCGACCAGUCCAGUAUUCCGGAGAAAAACGUCCAGGUGGCUUUGAUGGGAGAUGUGUACAGAUUCGCCGCACGCACAGUUGUUUGGAUUGGUACGGAUGAGUCACCCGGUAACUUACUGCUCUCAUUGUUUCGACGAUGUAGAUGGGUCGGACUCUUGCUGAGAGCUUCGCCGGAGGCAAAGCGCUCGACACCGCGACGUGAGUUAUACCUCUUACGCACAACCUUGCGGAACCAGCCGUGA